GUCUCCUUCACAGCGGGCUCUCAGGCACACACACACCGCUGGACACCAGCCGAGCCGCCGUUACUCUGCAGGGGGGACAACCGGCAGCUUGCAAUGAUCUCGCUGGACUUCAACUUCAACAUCUUGACCCGGGACCUGUCGCAUUAUCUGGAGAACCAAGUGAGAGUUGGGCUGCUCGGCUCGGGAGUGGGACUGUCUCUGGUGCUGGGCUUUAGCGCAGCGUACACCUGCUACUACCUGAUCUCAGUAGCGAAGAAGCCACAGCUCAUCUCCGGGGGUAAGAAGUUCUACCAGUUUCUGAGGGAACAAUGUCCGGUAGUGUCGGAGACCUACUACCCCACCUUUUGGUGCUGGGAGAGCCGCAUCCAGACUCUGCUCAGACCCUUCGUCACAGCCAAACCUGGCGUUGUUUACAGAAACGAGCUUAUUAAGGCAGCAGAUGGAGGACAGAUCUCUUUGGAUUGGUUUGACAACGAUGACAGCCUCGCUCAUUCCGACCCUGCAACCAGGCCCACGGUGCUCCUUCUCCCUGGUCUGACCGGCACCAGCCGAGAGUCCUACAUUCUGCACAUGGUCCAGCAGAGCCGGGAUCUGGGCUAUAGGUGUGUUGUAUUCAACAACAGAGGGGUCUCUGGUGAAACGCUACUGACCCCAAGGACGUACUGUGCAGCCAACACCGAGGAUCUGGAGACUGUCAUCGAGCACAUCCAGAGGUCCAAUGAAGCUGCUCCUAUCAUGGCUGCUGGCGUGUCCAUGGGCGGGAUGAUGCUAGCCAAUUAUCUCGGGCGAAAGGGCAGGGAAACCUGCCUGAAGGGUGUCGUAGUCUUCUCAGCAGGCUGGGACGUAUUUGAAUGCACCGCUUCGCUGGAAAAACCCCUCGACCGUUUCCUCUUCAACUCCUACCUCACCAGCUGCCUACAAGCCUCUGUGCACAGACACAGACCAGUGCUCGAAAAUUGUUACGACAUCGAUCAUGUCAUGAAGGCAAAGACCAUCCGGGAGUUCGACGAGCGGUUCACCUCCAUAAUGUUCGGUUACCCUACCAAUGAUGACUACUACCACGAUGCCAGUCCUGUCCACAGGCUGAAAUCUGUGCAGGUGCCGAUGCUGUGUCUGAACGCUGCUGAUGAUGUCUUCUCUCCGUCUCAUGCCAUUCCAGUGGAGGCAGUGAAGCAGAAUCCCAACCUGGCCCUACUCAUUACCUGUCAUGGCGGCCAUAUUGGCUUCCUGGAGGGCCUGUGGCCUCGACAGAGCACUUACAUGGACCGGGUCUUCAAGCAGUUUGCAAAGGCAGUCAUCGAACAAGGCGGCCAUCUCAAAGACCUCUCCUGAUAAGAGAACUAAUAACAGUGUUCCUCUAGUUUUACUUCCUCACGCUUUUUAACCAAUUACUCUUUCUUUCCUUCAUCUUUGUCAUCCGAUUCCAUCAUGCGUUCCUUCAUCCCUUCCCUUGACCUUUAUUUUCCUCUGUCUUUCUUGCCUUCCAUCCCUCCAUACUGCAUUCCAUACAUUGUUCUGUCCCUCCCCUUCUCCAACUAAUCCAAUUCUGCCUUUUUCCUUCCCUCCACUGACUUUCUUCUAUCUUUGCCCUAUAUCCCUCCUUCCCAUUCUUGCUCCACAAGCAAAAAACAGAUUAUUUCUUAUCUGAAGGGCACAUCGUAUUGAAUGCAACAUUUCUGUUGCAUUCAACAUUCGUGUAUUUAUUCCUUAGUUAACAAGUCACUGUAUGUAAUCCUACUCUGAGUGGUAUGCUAAUUAAAAAGCAAGCAUAGCUGUUCAUGUCGCUGUUGAAAAGCUGAGUCUGUAGUUGCAGUAGCUAGCUAAAAAAAAAACCUGUGGCUAACACAAGUACUGUACAUGAAAAUCCAAUCAUCUUUAUGCAUGAAGCGUCUUUUACUGCACUCAUCAGUAGGAUUUUAGCCCUCAGGGAUUUUCUUUAUUUACUCAUACCGCUUUCUUUCCUGUGAGCAUUAUUUUGUUAGUCAUACUCCUUUAGUUUGCCUUUUCCAAUUUAGAUGUCAGUGUUUCAACAGUUGACAUACAAUAGUUUCUUUUUUUUUUAAAGAAUAGUUUGUUUUUCUUGUUUUUUCUCUUGCUAAGAAUCAACUGAAGAUUAGACUUUUAUGGCUAAUGGCUUGCGAUAUUUUAGCUAGCUUAGCCUAGCAUUAAGAUUGGAACCAGGGGGAAACACCUAGCGUGGCUUUGUCCAGACGUUAAAAAAAAAAACUUCCCACCACAACUUGUCACAAGGUUUUGUUAAUGUUGGAUAAAGUAAGUCUCGCUGUUUUCUUUUGCUUCCAGCCUUUUAUGCUAUGAUAAGAUAAUCAUGAUCUUGUAUAUGCAGCUAAUUAGCUAAUCUCUUUUAGCCAAAAGGCUGGAAUCAAGGGAAAACCGCGAGGCUAACUUUAUCCGCGGUAACACAACCUUGUUAGUGUUGGAUAAAGUUAGUUUAGCUGUUUUCCUUUGAUUCCAGCAUUUUCUGCAAGAAUUAGAUGCGCAUGCAAACAUAAGCUAAGCUAAUUAGCUACUUAUACUGAGAAUCGAGCCGUCUUCUUAUCUUCUCAACUCCUCUUCCUUAACCUUCUGCAUGCACUUUUAUUUCCAAACAUUCUACCUUUACGCACACCAAAUAAUUCUACAAAUGUAUAAUACGGAGAGUAACUCAUUAAUGACGACGAAUGUCAAAUUGCACUAUAUUUUAGUUGAAACUACCAUGCCUCUUAAUUCAUUAACGCAAGGCACUUCAUUUUAUUCGAUAUAUGAAAGUAUAUCCCAAAGGCUGAACAGAAAUAUGUUCUAAUUCCAUGAUUUUUUUCUGUGUGAAAAUGUCGGUGGUAUCGUUCUGUCAGUAAGUCUUGAGGGUGCCAGAUACAGUGAUGUGGAUGAAGCAUGGCACAGAGGAAGACAGAGUGUAAGUGGGGGUGGGUGCUGCUUUACGAGAUGCACAGUAUCGUUGAUGGAUCCUGGUUGUCAGUCUUUAUUUCUUUUGUUUUUUCUUUUUGCCAACAAUGAUCAAGCGGCUGGCUACCGUGUAUGAGUUGGCAGCGGCGAGACGAGCAGAUCUGACUGGCAGCCAGGCUUUCAGUGCUGCACUGCAUGAGGGAUUUUGACUUCCUGUUCCUGUGGAAUUUUUUCGGUGUCUGUCUGUUCUGCCAAGUGUCCAUGCAGUAGCAUGUGUCUCAUCCGCGUCAUCAUGUCCUGAAACUUAACAUCAUGUCGUAAUCUGUAGCACAAAGGACAUGCUUUUUUUUCAUAGGAUGCUGCAUUUCAUUUUGUACACUACAUCAAAAAAUGAACAUGUGCAGCAAUAAGAUUUUAAAUUGAAGAAGUGUCUCUAUAGUAUAAGUACUAGUAUAUGCACAUUAUCAACACAAGUGUAAUAUGCUGAAUUUAAUAAAUUAUUAAACAGG